UAGGGCGUAUUCCGGAUAAAACCAGUGUGGGACGGACCCUCGCCUCCUCUCUUCCCUUGAAUAACCAGACGUCGGCCAUCCAACGACCGUAUCCGCACCACACGCAUUGUAAUAACGGUGAUGGAGUUCCCCUGUUAUCAAUCUACAUCUUUGAUUUGUGCAUAAAUCUUCGAUUCUUCUAUUCUCACUUCUUUAAAUUCAACAUUCCGAUCUCCUUGACCCUUGAUUUCACGAUUCCCCAUGAAUUUCUUCAAAUCAGUCUUCUCCGACGACCCAGAUCCUCCUCAAUCCGAAUCUGCAUCCCAGAUUCCCGAUAAUGCACCGCAAAACAAAGGGCAAGACAGCCCUGAUCGCGAUUCCUCGCCAGUUGAACAUGGAUCGGUGGUCAACUCAAGCCCUAAUGCUUCUGGUGCUGCCGGGUGGAACUUUGGGGGUCUGAUUAGAAACUUGACCGUCAAAUCUGAAUCAAUCAUCGAGACGUAUCGUCGUGAUCUGCAGGAAUUCGGCACGGAGUUGAAAAAGGAGAUUGAGGUUGCUCAGGGUUCACUGGAAACGGUGGGUCACGCCUUUGACGAGUUUGGGAACUCUUUGGUGAAAGGUACGGCUCAGAUCAUAACUCACGGUAAGGAUGCAAUACUCGCUCUUGAAUCCGAUUCAGACAAUAACAACAUCAAUAACCAGAAAUUCAGUGGCGAUAAGAGCUUAAAUUCGAAAGCCUAUAGUAGGUUUGAUGCUCAGGUCCGUGCUAUUCAGGGUGAUGCUAAUACUUAUUGUGAAGAGCCCGACGAUUUAAAUGACUAUAAUAAGUGGAAAUCGGAGUUUUCGUUGGAGGGAAAACAAGAAGAAUUUGAGAGCUAUCUCAGAGAAAAUGAUGACAUGGAGAGUAUCUACAGAAAGGUUGUUCCUGGUAGCGUUGAUCAUGAAACUUUCUGGUGUAGGUAUUAUUAUAAAGUUUAUAGGCUUAAGAAAGCCGAGGAAUUGAGGGCUAGGCUUGUAAGAACGUCAUUGGAUGAUGAGGAUUUGAGCUGGGAUUUUGAAGAUGAUGAUGGUGACAAGGGGUUUGAGGUUAAAGCUAAGUCGGACCUCAUGAACCAAAAGAAGAUAGAUGGUGAAGUUUUGGGAAAAAGUGUGGAUACGGAGCUGCGGGUUGGAAGCUCUUCUAAUAGUAAUAAGGUGGGAACAAAUACUUCUAAUGUAGAAGAGAGUCGUCAUUUGGGGGAGGAACCUACAGUAGAAAGGAAAGACAAUUCACUGCGUGAUAAGGAGCUUGGGAACAAGGGGGAUAAGUCUGUUGAUGAAUCUAAAGUUGAGAAAGCAGAAGUUGUUCAUCAAGUGGAUGAUGGAAGCAACGUUAAUAUCAAGGAAGCAGGUGCUGAAUCAAUAUCUGAAGCACAGGCUUUGGUCAACAAGAAUGGCUUACCAACAGAAUCUGACUCAAAAUUGGCGGUAGAAAGAAAGGCUGAUGAUGGCAAAUCUUCCAGUAAAGCAGCGGAGGAGGAAGACCUUGGGUGGGAUGAGAUUGAGGAUCUUAGCUCUAUUGAUGACAAGAAAACGACUCAGAGUGGUAGCCCAAACAAAGUUGACUUGCGGAAGCGCCUGAGUGCUGCAGAAGAGGAUGAAGACUUGAGUUGGGACAUUGAAGAUGAUGAUGAUGAUGAGAAGCCGGCCAAGCCUUGAGAUAUUUGAUGCAUUUGCCUUCUGACUUCUUCCUAAGAUAUAUAAAUUUGUUAGUUUGCCUCUGUUAGAGAUAUUUCCCAUUUCUUCAUUUUAUGUUUGUAAAAAUUAAUAUAGCAGUAAUGCGGUCCCUUUUUUCCCUCCUGUGAAUGUAUUAAAGCAAUUGUUUCUCUGAUGGUAUUGUUUAUGGUUAAUUUUUUUUUCCCCCAGUAUUUUUGGACACACCAGAAUACUGGCGCUGCAAACUGAUAUAUUUUCUGUCUUGUUUUCUCUUCUCAAUUGAUGAGAAGCUUUCGCCUGCCUCAA